CCUCCUUAGUCUGAUGAUGGGACUUUAACUGAGGUGUCUCCUCUGAUACUUAUUUCACUUAAUAGCCGCAUACCUGUCCAUAUAAUAAUGGUACUUUUUCCAGGUAAAUUAAUCCACAAGUGGUAAGAAGGCAAAGCUGUCUAGACGUCGGCGGGCUCUGCUGUCACCAGAAAACAGCUGGCAAUCGCAGCAGUGACGUGGUUAAGUGGCACACUUGGACCAGUCAUCUUCCCUUUUAAUUCAAUCUAAUUUUAUCGGGUUGAAAACAAACGACGAUCAUUUGUGGCGACGAGACGACGCCGGUGGCAUCGCAGUCGGCCGGUUUUUGCCAUAGAUAGCAUUUGUUUUGCCGCGUAACAACAUGCGGGAAAAGUCGGCGCUGCAGAUGUUUCACGGGACCUUGCCGCAGCUCAUUGCCGUUCUGACAGGCACCAUUGGGGCAAUCUCAGAUGGCAUGCACUAUGGCUGGACGGCACCAGUUCUUCAAGUCCUCUCCAGGAAUGAUACGCACAUACACGUAUCCAAAACAGAUGAAAUAUGGUUGGAGUCCAUCUACAUGAUUGGAGGGAUAACGGGACUGCCAGUUACGAUACUUGCAGUGGAUAGGAUCGGAAGAAAGGGUUCAAUAAUCGUGUCUGCGUUGAUAGCGUUGGUGUCUUGGGUUUUGAUAGCCUUCGCGAACCAUGUGGUGUACCUCUACGUAGCCAGGUUCAUGGUAGGCCUAUCGGGUGACGUUGCCUUCGUAGCAGCCCCCAUGUACAUAGCAGAAAUAGCAGACAAACGAAUCCGCGGCUUCCUAGCAGGCAUCAUCUACGUCAUGAUGUUGGUGGGCAUCCUGGUGAUUUAUGCGGUGGCACCAUACGUACCGUUCUACGUGCCUUCUAUCAUCGGUGGAGUAUUGGUUAUAAUCCAGUUAGUAUCUUUUCCCUUCAUGCCGGAUUCACCAUACUACCUCAUGUCGAAGAGCAAGCCGGAGAAGGCCAAAAGGCAUCUGGAGAGACUGAGGGACUCGGAUUGCGUGGAUAAGGAGAUCCAUGAGAUUGCUACCGCAGUACAGAGGCAACAGCAGGAAAAGGGGCGCUUAAUGGACCUAGUAGUCUCCAAAAGCAACCGCAAAGCCAUCCUCAUCAUGCUGGUCCUGAACGGUGCUCAACAUUUCAGCAGCAUAAGCGUAAUGCUGAUGAACCUGCAUGAGAUCCUGUCUGCAGCGAACUCAAGGUAUCUCAGCUCCAACGUGGCGGGGAUUCUAUUCGCUGGGAUGAUGUUGCUGUCAGCUGUCAUUGCUGAUUUCAUCGUGGACAAGUUUGGAAGGAAAGCGUUGCUGACUGUGUCCAGUUUGUGUACUGGAGUUUCGCUGCUGUCUUUGGCGAUAUUUUUCUCGUUGCAGAUUCAUGGAUACAACGUCAAACCGUUUUCUUGGGUUCCAGUGGUCAGUGUUAUGGUAUACGCUUUCGUCUUCAAGUUUGGCCUGGGUAUGAUUCCCAUCGUGAUGACAGCCGAACUAUUUCCAGCCAAAGUUAAAGCAAUGGGGAUGACGUUUGCUGACUUCUUCUACGUACUGUUUGCCUGGAUCUCUGUAGAGGUCUAUAAAAGGUUAUCAGAGAACUUCGGCAUGGACGUUCCUUUCUACAUUUUCUCAUUUUCCUGCAUCUUAACUGCACUUUUCGCUCAAAUAUACAUCCCCGAGACGAAAGGCAAGACCUUGGAUGAGAUACAAUUCAUUUUGAAAGGUGUGCCUUUUCCAAUCAGAAGUAACAGCAUACGAUCUGACAACUUGCCAGAGUGCCUGAAAGAGUAUAAAAAGGGUAGUAGCCCCAUUAGUAUGAAAAACAGCAAAGAAAAGGAAAUCAAGAGUAUAGAAAGCCUGAGCAGUAUUAAGGAGAGAGAUAUUGAAGUAGACCAGCCAGUGGAGACAUACAGAGUGAUAGAACGAGUGUGAUAGAGAAUUAGAAUAGUCAGCGAUUGAGAAAGGUAAUCAAAUUAUGUAAAAAGUUGCUCAGAGGCAGCAGAGGUCGAAGUGUACUGGUGAGACUGGACGGAAGAAGACGAAGGUUUACGAUAACAAAAUUAGUUUCUCUGAUUCGCAACAAUUUAAUUAUAAAAGGGCCAUGAAGGAAAUAAAACGGAAUUCGUUUCCUGGUGUUCGCAUACGCUCAAAUUGAGGCGGUAUAAAACUGUAUGUGACGGUAUGAUUCAACCGCUUCGUUAGCUGAAGGACAUGCUAUAUAGAUGCUGAAUACUUUUAGAGUGGAUACAGGUCACAAUUUCGCUGAGUUGAUGACGCUCUGUUUGUGUGGUUGCUAUGGACACGGCGUUUCGAUAACGAACACCAUAUUUUGUAUUGUAUGUUGAAGCUAGUAUCAGAGCAUCGCAUGCGGAGCAUUCCGGUACGUCACUUUUACUCUCGACACGAUUGUUCGUAGAAGCUUGGAAUUCUCCAAAAAAAAUUGCGUAACGUAUUAGUUUCGCAUAUACCACU